AUGGAUGAGGAAGUCAAAGCUUUAUUGGAAGAAGAUAAUGAUGUACAAGAAGUAAAUGAUGAAACAAAGUCGGAUAAUUUGGCUUCGUUUAUCGGUUCAUUGGACAAAAAACGAAAAAGAACAGUUUAUGAAGACAUCAAUUCUUUAGAUAAACCGAAAAAGCAAUUGAAGGAACAUGCAGAAGUUUUUGAAGAAUCAGAAUAUAAUCUAACCACUAGGGAAUCCCCGAAUGUUAAAAAGAAAGUUGAUCUUCAAGACCUUAUUGGAUCAAUUCAAGAGGAAACUGGUUUUAGUAAAUUAAAACAAAAAUUAGUAUCACUAGAAAGUGGUGGUAAUAAAGGAACUUAUCAAGAACCUUUACCCGCUCCUUUACCUACUCGAAUUCAAGACAAGUUGAAUAGACAAGCUGCUUACGAAGAAACAAAAAAAGAUAUUACUAAAUGGGAGCCGAUUGUCAAGCAAAACCGGGAAGCUGACCAUUUGAAAUUUCCUAUGAAUGAUCAACCUUCGCAUAAUCCAACUAAUAAUGUAUUGGCUGCUACAUUCCAACCUUCAACAGAGCUUGAAAAGAAAGUUGAUUCCAUAUUGGUAGAAAGUGGUGUAAAAGAAAAGAGUUUGCAACAAUAUGAAGAACUUCAAAUGAGUAAAUUAUCGGUUGAGGAAGUUGAAAAUCGAGUCAAGGAAUUGCGUAAAAUGCGGGAAUUAGUAUUUCGCGAAGAAAUUAAAGCAAGAAGGAUCGCUAAAAUCAAAAGUAAAGCGUAUCGCAAGAUCAGAAAGAAGGAAAAAGAAAAAAAUAAGUUGGAUCUUAAACAAUUGGCCGAACUUGAUCCCAAACUUGCUCGUGAAGAACAGUUAAUACUUGAAGCGACACGUGCUCAAGAACGUAUGACGUUGAGGCAUAAGAAUACUAGCAAGUGGGCUAAACAAGCUUUAAAACAUGGUCGUCAUGAUCCAGAGAGUCGUCAAGCAAUUGUUGAACAACUGCAAAGGCAUGAAGAAUUAAAACGAAAAAUUCAUGAUCUAGAAACUGAUGAAGAGUUAAGUGAUUUCACAAGUGAAAAUAGUGACGACGAAAAAGAUGAUGAUAUUAAUGCUAUCAAAGAGAAAGCAUUUGACGAAUUGGCUCAAUUAGAUCAGAAAGAGGCAGCACAAGAAGAGGAAAUGAAGGGAUUAUUUGGAAUGAAAUUUAUGCAUGAUGCUAUGGAAAGAGAUAAAAAUCGUACCCGAGGAAUAAUUGAUGAUUUUGUCGAGGAUUUAGAAAACGAAAAAUUUAAUGAAGAAAAUACAAAGAAAGAUGAAAAUAAGGAAGCCAAAAAGAGUACAAUAGUUCAUGUUGGAAAUAAUAUUGGUAGGAUGAUAUUUGGAGCAGGUUCUAAGAAAUCGGUUUCCGAGCAUGAAAUUAAUAUUAAAAAGUUAUCAAAAUCUACUUUUGAACCAAAAUCUUCACUCGAAGACAUUUCAGAAAAGUCAAAAAUUGAUAGUACGUCAAGCAUUCCAGCUGAAUCAAUGAAGAUUAAUUAUUCCUUGGAGACAAACUCUGAAGAAGAAGUCAAUCCAUGGCUUCAGAUAGAUUCAUCUAAAAUAAUAUCGUCCAGUAAAAAGAAUAACAAAGGUAUCGUAAAGGAAAAUAACAAGUCCGAUAAGAUAGUAUCAAAAUUGAAGAAACAAAAAGACAAAGAUAAGUCACAGGAUGGUAUUGAAAUCGAUGUCAGCAAAGUGCUUACGAUCAGUUCUGCACAAAUUACUGGUGCUACAAAUUCAGAUGAAAAAUCUGAAAACGAUUCUGAAACAUUUGAUGUUGAGACAAAUUUUGUACACGUCAAAAAUCCUACAGCAUUUUCACAGAGGGAAUUAGUUGCGCGGGCAUUUGCAAACGAUAAUGUUGUAGAAGAAUUUGAAAAGGAAAAGCAAGCUAUUAUUGAAGAGGAUGAACCGAAAGAACAAGAUUUAACAUUACCAGGAUGGGCAAGGGUAAAAAAGCACAAAAAGAAGAAACUUAUUUUAGCUAAACCUCUACCUGGUGGUAUUGAAGCUUCCAAAAGGAAAGAUGCGAAAUUAGAUCACGUUAUUAUUAAUGAGAAAAGAGUUAAGAAGGCCAAGAAAUAUCUUGCUACAAAUAUCCCACAUCCCUUUGAAACUCGCGAACAAUAUGAACGAAGUCUCCGUACACCACUUGGUACAGAAUGGAAUACUCAAGAAGUUUUUCAUAAAAUGAUAACACCACGGAUAAUCACAAAAAUGGGAACUGUUAUCGAUCCAUUAAAUGUACCUUUUCAAACUAAUGAUCUUGAUGAUAAAUGA